UGAUGGCAGCAACCCAUGGACGAGGGGCUGCCGUGCUGUGUGAGCACAACGCUGUGCAGUGAGGCAGGACUGUGCAGCACAUCUGCUGUGUGGCUCUGCCCAUCUAAGCUGGGUUAUGUCUGCUUAGCUGGGGCUGGUAAAUGCAGCACCACGACCAAGGGAUGCCAGGCAGUUGGAGCUGGUGGGGCCCAGCUUUGUUGGCUGGCUGGAUGCAUUCUGCAGUACUGCUGCAGCUGUUCUGAGGCCUGUAUAGAUGAGAACCUGGACAUGGUGAAGUUCCUUGUGGAAAAUGGAGCCAAUGUGAACCAGCAAGAUAACGAGGGCUGGACCCCCCUGCACGCCGUGGCAUCGUGUGGCUACCUGAACAUUGCAGAGUAUUUAAUUAGUCAUGGAGCCAACGUGGCUGCUGUGAACAGUGAAGGUGAAGUCCCGUCUGACAUUGCAGAGGAGGCAGCCAUGAAGGACCUGCUUCUGGAACAAGUAAAGAAGCAAGGAGUAGACCUAGACCUGGCAAGGAAAGAAGAGGAGCAGCAGAUGCUGCAGGAUGCCCGGCAGUGGCUGAACAGUGGGAGAAUUGAAGAUGUAAAGCAGCCUCAGACGGGUGCCACAGCUCUUCACGUUGCUUCAGCAAAGGGCUAUUCUGAAGUCAUGAGGCUCUUGAUCCAGGCUGGGUUUAAUUUGAACGUCCAGGACAACGAUGGCUGGACUCCACUGCACGCUGCUGCACACUGGGGGGUGAAGGAAGCCUGCUCCAUCUUGGCUGAGGCGUUGUGUGACAUGGAUGUCAGGAACAAGCUGGGCCAGACUCCAUUCGACGUGGCCGAUGAGGGGCUGGUUGAGCAUUUAGAAAUGCUGCAGAAGAAACAGACAGUGCUGCGAAGUGAGAAGGAGACGAGGAAUAAGCUGAUUGAAGCUGACAUGAAUGGCAAACCUCAAAGUGGAGUCUUCAUGAACAAAGAGAAAAUUCUCUAUGAGGAAGACAGGCUGAAGACCACAGAUAUGGAGGAAGAGAACAAAGACUCGAGCAGUUCUAGCUCUGAAGAAGAGGAAGAAGCUGAAGAAGACGAAGUUUCAGAAUCAGAUGCUGAAAAGGAAUCAGAAAGGAAGGAAGAGUCCUUUGCCAACGACUCCAGCCAUGAAUCCAGGCCCAGCAUCACUGAGCAAAUACCACCACCAGAGUCCAACUCCUUCACUGCAUCUGCCAGAAGGUUCAGUUGGCUCGGCAGGUCAGACGAGCAGAAGGAUGAGUCGCCCUCCUCGUGGCGGUUGGGUCUGCGGAAGACUGGCAGCCACAACACACUGAGCGAAGUCACUGCCCCCCGUGAGGCACAGAGAGAUAAGGCUGCUUCUAUCUAUCGAUCUUCGUCCACCCCUCGGAUAUCUGCGUUACUGGACAGCAAAGACAAGGAUAAAGAGAACAAGAGCUAUCUAGCCACAAUAGCCCCCAGAAGACUGAGCAGUGCAAGUGACAUAGAGGAGAAAGAAAACAGAGAAUCAGCUGCUAACAUCGUGCGGAGCGGCUCCUACACCCGGCAGCCGUGGAGGGAUGAAUCAAAGGGAAAUGAAGCUCCCCAUUCUGGUGCACCUCCUACCUACGUAUCUACAUACUUGAAAAGUGCUUCAUUUGGUAGAAGUAGUGACCUCAGCAGUCCCUACAUUUCAGCCAGUCGCAAUACAUCUCUAGCUACCUCACCCACUGCCAUUGGUUCAUCUACCUCACUGAGCACCCCGUGGCAACCUGCCUCUGCCUGCCCCACACCUCUCGGUGCGAACACUUCUGCAUCCACCUGCCAGCACACCAGAGCCCCUUUCAGGCAACACACUGAUUCUGCCGUAGAGAAAAAUACAGAGGGCCUCUCUGCUAGCACCCCCCUAGGUGUAAUCACAAACCGUGCUGUACGCGGCUCUGCUAACGGUAUUGCGAGUGCCGGUGCUGCCUCAACCACAGGAAAGGACUGCUCUGCUGAGGAAGCCAGGGAGCGCAGAAGGUCAGUGGGCAGUGCUGGGGCUUUUGGUUCCUCCUCUGUGGUCACAUCUGGCGUGGCGGUGCUGGUGGGGGUGGCAGAGCUGUUCCUCAGGCGCUGCGUGAAGCCGCAGCCUGCUGGCCCUGCUCUGCCUUCAGUGAUCAGUUCAGAACCUGAAGGUUGCAUUUAGUUUGGGGAUGUGCCU